GAGAACGAAGCGAAGGUUGGCCCGGGCUAAUUAUACCCCUCCCCGGCAGCCAGCUGCGCAGCCUCCAGUCAGAGGAGGCGAGCACCUCCCAACUUCCAGUCCUGCGAGUUUCCAGAGCCUGUGCUUUCCAGGAGUCACAGCUUUACGGCGCGUGGGCAGCUAUAGGAUCGCGGGCUGGGAAGAGUGGCGGCACUCAACCAGUUCCACGCCCUCCUACUCCGAGUGCUUUCUGUUUGCGUUUCCCUUUAGUAUUACCCCUCGGGACUAGGAAAGCAUUUAUUCAUAGUUCGUCUUCAAGUGGUUUAAGUAAUGGAAGAAAGAUGAGGAAGAUACUUGGGUCCAACCAGUUUGUCAGGACUGUGAGCAUUACGCUGCAGUUUGGGACCCAGUACGGCAGGGCGUGAUGCCAGCUAGCAUGCUUCAGUCAAAAUUUACUACCUCUUGGGAAUCCACUUUUCUUUAGACUCGUGCUCUGGUUUCUUGAAGUGAUUGUCAUCCGGCUUUGGGAGAGAUGCAAGUAAUGUCAUACUGCACCUCGCUGGUUUAAACAGUCUGUUCUUUUGGCUCAUCAGCAUUAACAUAGUUGUAACCACUAGAAGUUUCUGAACCUGAUUUGCCUUCUGUGAGUCACAAAAUGUCAACACCUGUGCUUUAACCUAUUCAAUAUAAAGUCUGACUAUUAAGAAGAGGGAGGGGAUACUCAUGCAUGAUUUCAUUGUAGUACAAUUAAAGAGCACAUCUUCUGGGAAAGGAAGUGUGGUACCUCAACUUCUAAUUGAACCUAUUUCAUAAACAAGGAAGAAGAGCAUUGUACUUAUGGAAGAUGAAGUUUGUUUUGGGGAUUCAUCCUAAUGCGCUGGCAUAUUCCAUGACUACAUUAGGUGCUGGAAUGAUGAACAGUAUCUUUAAUUUCUACUACGUUAAGCUUUUCCUAAACCGAUACAAAAUUUCAGAAGUAGCAUUUCAUCAAGCACAGGUUGUAUUUAUGAUAUGGAAUGCCAUUAAUGAUCCUCUUUUUGGGUAUAUUCAAGAUAACUCCAAAUUCAAGUGCUGCUCAAGACGCCAGUUUUCAAUUUUAUAUGGAGCUCCUUUAUAUGCGUUAGCCUUUUUGCUUCCUUGGUUUCCUUGGAAACAUUAUGAAGAAGGUGACUGGCUAAGUGGUCUUCACCUCACUGUUGCGUUAUGUGCUUUUGACAGUUUGCUUACAUUUGUGCUUCUAGCGCAGUGUGCCCUCUUUGCAGAAAUUUCAACAAGGCAUGAAAGUAGGCUUCAGCUUAUUAAAUAUAACCAAGUAGCAACAUUAAUUGGAUCAACAAGCAUUCUCUUUUGUGGUCUCAUAUCAGAUAAUAUGGAAAAAUUUGCCCAUUUUCAGGCUUUUGCUGUUUUGGUUGCAGCGUUAGCAACAGUUUGUAUGUGUUACACAGGCAAAUAUAGUACUAGUCAAUAUGAGCAGAGAGAAAUUUGUAUGGAGAACGCUAAUCUGGAAAAUGGUGAUGGAGCCCUCUCCUGGUCCUCAGUAAUUUUACUGACCAAACAGAUUAUGACAGAGAAAAACUUUUUAUUUUUUGUAACGAUGAACUUCUUCCAAGUCUUCCACCUAGCCUUCUGCAACAAUUUUAUCAUGAUCUUUGCGGAUAAUCUUAUCCCUAAGGAUGUCCUUUCUUCCUCAAUAAGAAGUAUCAUGUAUGGAGCAGGCUUUAUUUGUCCUCAGUGCCUUGUUCUUCUCAGUCAAGCCUUGUUGAAGAAGUUGGGUUAUUACAGAAUCAUCUUGUUUUCCUUUUACUUUGAAGGAGUAGCUGCUGCUUUCAUGUUUAGUCUAGGGCCAGAACACUAUUAUCUGUUGGCAUUUUAUCUCACAACAAACAUGGUAGUUGUACAAGCUUCAUUUAGUUUAUUCAAUUUACCUUUGGCAGAUAUUGUUGAUGCAGAUUUAAUAAAGCACAAACGGAGAUCACCACUUUCCUCUAUGGUUUUUGGUACCAAUGCUUUAUUUACUAAGCCUGCCCAAUCUUUGGCUCCAAUGCUUGUGGUUACAAUACUAAAUCAAUUUGGAUACGAGAACCUGAAUAAUGAAGUUGCCCAACCUGAUGCAAGUUUGUUUUUAGGUCUUCAUGAUGCCAUGUUCUAUUUGAUCUGUCUGGUUCCACUUUGCAUUGCAGUCAUACAGAUCCUGACGUGGACUCCCUUUUCAAUCCAGAAUAGUCAUAUGGCAGCUGUACACUAAAUAUGUAGCAGUUGGUCAGUAAAUCUACUGCUGAACUGUACCACAAAAGAGUCAGUAUGUUUUCAGUGUGAAAAAGCAAAAUUGUAUUAAAUGGACUAUUAGACCAAACACAGUUUGAGCUAUUUCAAUAAAGCUGCAUUCUUCAGUCCAUAUAGAUUAUAACACAGGUCACAUUCAGCCUCAAUGCUGAGUCUACACAGAUUUUUUUCUGGUUCAGUUGUUUGCCUUUAAUGGGCUUUAUUCUUAAUUAUUGGAAGUAAUUUCUGGUAUAUACUGGUCACUGUUGACUCCUUUGAAGAAUGGAUAUGGCAGACCAGAUAAAGGAAUCCCAACCCAGCACCUGGAAUUCAAGGGGACUGUAUUUUCUUAAGCUUACUGAAAGGUGCUGGAUUAAUUUUGCCAUACUGAUAAAAUGGCAGAUCUCUGAAGUUAAUCUGAAAGUGCCUGGUAGACAUCCCUCAUGGAUGGUGGGGAGAUGAAGAGAAGAAUUUAAAUGGUGUCUAGCAGACCAGUAUGAAGACAAAUCCAACAACUACCACAGGAAAAGCUAAGAGUAAUUAAUUACCUUGUAAAAGUCUGUGUAAGGCUAAAGAAAAAGAUUCAAAUGCUGUUUAAUAAAGUGCUGCUGGAUAUGGAAAAA